UCUCCCCUGCCAAAUAAAUAAUCUCGAAAGGAUGAAGAAGCUUUCUUGUUUUGGUAACAAGUCGGAGCACAACCUGCCUAGCAUUCAAAAACUCUCUUGCCUCCGCUCUUGCCACCCCGUCGCAUCUUCCCUCCUCCGCAGCUUGGCCCGCCGAGCCAACUCUUUCUGGACUCAACUAGCUUACUUCUUCCUCGUCUCCGCCAUCGGCUAUUGGGCACUAAAGCUCUGCGACCCCAAAUCGUCCUCCGACAAGCCUCAUGACCUCGACGUGUUCUUCACCUCCGUCUCUGCGACCACGGUCUCGAGCAUGUCCACCGUGGAAAUGGAGGCCUUCUCCAAUUCCCAGCUCGUCGUCAUGACCCUCCUUAUGCUCUUAGGCGGGGAGGUCUUCACUUCCCUCCUCGGGCUUCAUCUAUCGAGGUCCACAUUCACCGUACGGGAUCAUCCCAAGGUGAAUUCCGCGUUUUCCGACCACUCUGACAAUAAUAUUGAGCUCGAACCUCCUCCUCUCAAAUUCGACCUCGAAAUGAAAGGGACGGCGUUGAAGCCAGCUCUUUGUGGCGACGGAUUCGUCAAGUCCAGGGCAGUCAAGUGUUUGAGCUACGUUGUCCUGGGUUACCUCAUCAUAGUUCAUGCUGUCGGCUCAACUUUGCUUUCUGUGUACAUGAGCAUCGUUCCAAGCGCGAGGAAAGUCCUUCGGGACAAAGGCCUUGCCGUGCAGACGUUCUCCGUGUUCACUACCGUGUCGACUUUCGCCAACUGCGGCUUUGUCCCCACGAACGAAAACAUGCUGGCCUUCAAGCACAACCCGGGCCUCCUGUGGCUGCUCCUUCCGCAGGUCCUCCUCGGGAACACGCUCUACCCACCGUGUCUCCGGGCAGCACUCUGGCUCCUCGAGCGGGCAACGGGGCGGGCUGAGUUUGGCCACAUGCUGAGGAAUUCCAGGGAGAUGGGGUAUGCGCCAUUGCUUCCGGGCUUUCAGUGCCUUUGCUUGGCCGUAACAGUGUGGGGAUUCGUCUUGGUGCAGUUCGUGGCACUGUGCUGCACGGAGUGGGGCUCGCCGGCCAUGGAGGGCCUGAGUCCGUACGAGAAGUUAGUGGGGGCUCUGUUUGAGGCGGUGAACGCCAGACACGCCGGCGAGUCAGUCUUCGACCUCUCCAUGGUUUCUCCGGCGAUUUUGGUGCUCUUCGUCCUGAUGAUGUAUCUUCCAUCAUAUACCUCAUUUCUUCUGGUAAGAAAUGGUGAGACAGCACCAAAAACUCAAACAGAUGAGCCUAGGAGGGGCUUGUUGCCAUGCCUGAUGCUUUCGCAGCUGUCAUAUUUAGCAAUCUUCAUCAUUCUUAUCUGCAUCAGCGAGAGAGAUAAUUUGAAGAACGACCCGCUCAACUUCAAUGUCUUCAACAUCACGAUAGAAACAAUAAGCGCCUACGGCAAUGUCGGGUUUUCGAUCGGCUAUAGCUGCAAAAGGCAGCUAAACACAGACAGCCCGUGUAGGGACGCUGCAUACGGUUUCGUAGGAAGAUGGAGCAACAAAGGCAAGUUCAUUCUGAUGAUAGUCAUGUUCUUUGGGAGGUUGAAGAAAUUUUCCAUGAAAGGUGGCACUGCUUGGAGCUUGUCUUAGCAUAUCCUUACAAACCACACAAUCCUCAAGUUAGAGAUAGAAAGGUCGGUUGACAUUGUAAUAUAGUCUCGUAUCCGUGUAGAAAUUACCAAUUUUCGUCCAUGUUCUGUUUCUUCAAGUAGUUACAAAUUGACCGUCCAUUAUCCUACUUGGUAAGGGACAGCGAGGGACGGUUUUGUUCGUUCUGGGGUUUCUAGGAUUGCUGUGACUGAUGCUUUGAUUUGUCACAAUGUGUCGCAAUGCGUUAUUGUAAUCCACGUGUAAUAAGAGGAAUGACUAUUUGAUUGUCCUUA